CCAACACCACCGUCUUGUAUUACUAUUAAUACACCCAAAAAGGCAACUCAAAGAUCAAAAAUACACGUGGAAGAGGGAGCGCUUAAACGUUCCUUCUCUUUACAUCAAUUCAUGGCCACACGCAUCCUCUUCUUCUUCUUCUUCAAAGUUCUUCUCCUUUUUCUCGCUCUCUCAGAUUCUUUUUCAGCGACAAGUAACGGCCAAGGUGUGGGAAUCAACUACGGCCAAAUCGCUAACAACCUCCCGUCUCCGGCGCGAGUCGCCGUCCUCCUCCGUUCACUAAACAUCACGAGGGUAAAACUCUACGACGCAGACCCAAAUGUCCUCUCCUCCUUCUUAAACUCACAAGUCGAUUUCAUGAUCGGUCUAGGCAACGAGUUCCUCCAAAACAUGUCAACGGAUCCAACCAAAGCUCAGAGCUGGAUCCAGCAACGACUCCAACCGCACAUCACCAAAACGCGAAUCACCUCGAUCGUCGUCGGAAACGAAAUCUUCAAAACCAACGAUCGCGUCUUGAUCUCGAGUCUAUUACCGGCCAUGAAAGCGGUUUACUCUGCUUUAACCAAUCUCGGUUUAGAGAAACAAGUAACGGUAACAUCUGCUCAUUCGCUAGACAUGCUUCA